AUGGGGCACUUUUGGGAGAUCGUCUUCAAAACAUGGCCGUCUAUAGAUUCGGGGAUGGGGCACUGUUGGGAGAUUGUCUUCAAAACAUGGCACACGGUGGAAAUUCCGGUGGCAGCCGCAGGCUGCACAAUAGUACAUCUUCUCAAAACAACUGCCUCGCCGAAUGAACUCCUGGCAGCCAUCGGCUCGAUUUCCAAGAUUCGCGUGGAUUUUCAGGCAUUCUCCGUAUUUAAACUCACCGGCCAUAUGACAAUUCUUCAAGAGAGGGGAACCAUUAAUGUAAUAACCAGAAAUGAACAGAAAAACGAAGGAAAACAAAAUAAAAAGGGUGCGUGCAAAGACAGAAUCUCGAGUUGUUCGAGAUUUCCUAUUGAUUCCGGAAGAGCUUUGAGUCGAUUGAAAUCUAAUCUCAACUCCACAAGAGAUAAACACGAGCCAAUAGCGCUCGAGAACUUGUUUGAACUUAAAUCGAGAUUAAUCACUUUCACUAAAUUUUCAAAAGACUCGGGCAGUGAUUUGAGUAGAUUAGCUGAAAGAUUCAGUUCGGUUAAAUUCUCCAGCUCGCCAAAUGAACUCGGAAGGUUUAUGAGCUGGUUCCCACGAACAUCAAGCUUCGUUAAGGUCUCGAGGCUGGCUAUGGAGUUUGGAAGGGCCAUGAUCCUUCAAGACAGUAUGAAGCCAAAGUGGUCAAGUAAAUUUAGAAGAAGCAAAACCCUUCACACCAUCAACAACACUCUUGAUGUCCUCCUGUUUAGCAGAAUCCACAACCCUAUCAUCCUCACAGGCCGCAGCCUCUUCUUCACCGUCCCCAUCAAUCCCAUCGGAAUCCAUCACUUUCUCACCGGAGACCAGCGACGAAGCCCUCUGAAUCAGCCGGUCAAACACCUGAAAAAUCCGGUCGAGCUCCACCACCUGCGCCGCCUCCUUCCGCUGCUCGUGGCCCUUCAAGGAGACCGCGGCCCUCCUGACCUCCUGGAGCACGGAGAACAACUCCGGCGGCACGUCCGGCGGCGGCUGCAUCCCGGAUAUUUCAUCGAGCUCGAGGCUUUGCUCGGUCUCGACGGUGCGGAGCACGGAGUUGGCCGCCUCGACCUCCUCGAUGGAAGGCCUGAUCGGCGGCAGCGACUUGUAGAUUCUCGUGAUUUCUUCCACUGUUGCGGCGCAGGCGGCGGGGGGCGCCGGAGGGUUUUCCGUUAUCGUCGCCGGCGAGGCCAUGUGAUGCAAGUGGCGUGUGGAAAUGGUAUGCAGCAAGAAAAUCUCAUCCAAAAUGGCAGUAAAAUAAGAGACGCAAUUGAUCAAUCACAGAAGUAA